GUGCUGCUAAUCCUUCGUAUUUCAUUUCAUUGUCAUCAUGGAGAAAGGGAUGACUGUUUUCCAAGAUGUGUUCAGAAGGGCUGAUAAAAAUGAUGAUAAUUGCCUCUCGCUGGAGGAAUUCAAAUCUUACUUUGGGGAUGGCAUACUGACUGCAGAUGAGCUGGAAGAGUUAUUCAAUAAGAUAGACACACACAACACCAAUAACAUUGAUGUCGGGGAGCUCUGUGAAUAUUUCUCAGCUCACCUGGGACCAUUCAAAGAGAUCUUUGGGGGAGUGGAGGACAUGUCAGUAUUUGUUUCCUCAGCACUACAGCAAACAUCACAGGUAUAUCCUGAUAAGUCUUUUGAUGAUCAGUUCACUGUGCGCGUCCUGCUGAAGGAGGUGUCGGGGCAGCUGUCUUCAUUGAUGAGAAACAUUGAUGCAGCCUCAGAUCACAUGGAGAGAGAAGCAAUGACAGACAGGGCACCAAUAUCUCAAGUAGCCAUCAUUGAGCCAGUGGUCAGUUCGUCCGCAGGAUGGGUGGCCAGGAGGGCCAGACGUCAACUAUCCACUCAGACCAGUGUACCAGCUGAUGGUAUUAGCUCUCUGACCUCUGAGGUCAAUCGACUGGCUUGCCUUUUGACCCGCCUUGAGCAGAAGGUCAAGAUCAAUCCUGUUGAUGAGGAAAUUGUAUCUGAUGAAAGCAAGGCCAACUUGGCUUUCUUGGUGAGCAGGAAGUUUACAGCCAUUGAUGAAAAGGACAAGGAUUUUCGCAGCAACCUUAGGACUUAUGUCGAUGCAGCAGGGAAAGUUGACGGAUGCACUACUGUGAGUGUAAGGGCCUUCGCUGGAACCUCACAUUAUGUCAUCUAUGAGAUCUGGGGGACAGAGGAAGACUGGAAAACCCAUUUUGCAAGUAAUGCUUCUAAGAUAUUCCGUCGUGAGAACGUGGAUCUAUUGGAUCGACCGGAGCAGCUUUCAUCCAUGGCCAUACCAGCUAAAUGGAUCAUGACACAAGAUUAAAUGUUGGUGAGCAUAUGAAAAAAACGCCAUCAGCAUAUUUUGAUUAUCAACAGCAUUAAAUGAAAGAAAAACGGUGAAUGAUACUUCACACUGAGCAGUCAUUAUAUUCCUCCUUACCGGUAUAUCUGUAAAUUAUGGAAUAUCUAAAGGGCAUUUUUUGAAAUACCGGUACGUGAUAUAAAUCAGAGAGAUUGCUAAACAUUGUAGACAAAAUUAAAGUAUUAAUGGUAUACAAAAGUAGGGAUAUUACAAAAUCAUAUAUGCACUAUAAUUGCCCCUUUGUUUUAUGAUGUGUAUCUAUAUCCUGUGUGUAAAACAUAUUUAUCUUCAUACAGUGGACAGAAGACCAAAUUGUUAUAUGUAAAAACAGGCUGGAAUUUUGACACAUAACUUGAAAUAUUUAUUCGUGUAAGUUUAUGUAGAAUAGUUAAAUGCCAAUAAGUAUGUACAUGUGUUUAUACUCCAAAGUACGUUUCAAUGAAGUUGCAUUCUGGAGCUUAUACUUAGAAAUAUGCAAAUGAAGUUACAUGUGUCUUGUAGUCAGAGACUUCACUUUUUAUCAUUUUCAUAUGCAGCAAUACACGUUAACAUUUUGUUUUGAUUACACCUUGUUUUGAUUAUUUUGAUGAACCUUGAUAGGAAUUCAUUCUAUCUUUUGAUGGUUUACAUACAUGGGUAUCUUGAACAAAAAUAAAGAGGACCAUCUGCAAGUGACAUUUGAUACACAACUAUAUCAUAUACCGGUAGGUAGUCUUUUCAAACCAGGGUGCUCCAAUUAAAUUGCUAGAGUUUAGUUGCUAAUGGCCAUAUGGGGGCAAUGUCAGAUAAUACUUUAAAGUCAUCCUUGCCUAGUGUAGCUUAAAUCAAUUUCCUAUCAUGCAUUUCUUUGUAUUAUUACAAGUUCAUGCAUGUUUAAAAUAAGAUUUUUGUAUGACAUAUACAUGUAUAUAUAUAUAUAUAUAUAUAUAUAUAUACCUUUAAUAGGUUUGAUAUAUAUUUACGGUACAUUAUUUGUAUGGUUUGGGGGCCAGUAUGAUACUCUAGUCUAGCUUUCUAUGAUUUGUACUAUACAGAUGCAACUGUAAAGCACAAAUCUGACUUUGAUAGUACUCGUUUGUAAAUAUUUCGAAAUACACUAGGGUUGAUAACGCCAGUGUGUAUUAGGUAUGUCUUUUAUUGCACAAAAUGUAUGUACAUCGCAAUACUGCACAAAUAAUUAUUUCACUUGUAAAGUAGCGUAUCGAUAUGUAUAGGUAUAUGUGAAACUAACAAGUGCUCUUGCUUCAAGAAACUAGAUCUACGUGCUUUAAAGAUUAAAGAUAAUGGUAGCAGUGUGUGAUUCUUUAUUUUACCUUUAAUAUAGUUUUGAUGUGGAAUGGCUCAUACUAUGUAAAAGUAUGAAAGGUUUUAAUUAUUCCGUCAGAAAUUAGUCUUGGUAAAUAAAUUGUUAGAAUAAUCAAUUUCGUAUCCAUCAAUAUCAAACCAGUACUUAAAAUUAUUUUGAAGCUCAGUUGUAAAGAAGAGUUCUAGUCUUGAUACAUGUAUUUAUAAGGUGAAAUAAUUAUUUCCAAUCCAUAUUAAUAGCAAUACAGUUCAGUAUCUGAAAGGUUGGAGUAUAUCUUUUGUAUUGAAGGUUUUUGUUUGUUGUUGAAACAGUUCAUUCUACUUUAAACUUUCAUUGAUCUUCAUUAUGUAAUAAAAAUCAAUUACUUUCCUUUUAAUCCUUCAUAUUCAGAUGUCUUUCACCUGUAAUUUAGCACUUUAGGAUAAAUUAGGUACAUUAUGGAGGUAACGAACUUGUGUCUGCUUUAUUGUGAUGUGUCUGUAACUAUUAUGUGUGAUGAAAUAUGUCUGUAACUAUUAAAUAUAAAAGGUAUUUUAAAAUUUAUUAUUAAAUGAUAGCAGUUGAUAUCUUUA